GUUGUAGCCAUGAAGAUCGGGAACAUCAAUCCCAGGUGGUUCAUGUUUUCAGUGUUGUUCUUGUUCAUGUGUUUGUCUCAUGAAUCCCAUGUCUGUUUUGCAGUUGAUACCAUCUCCACUAACCAAUCUCUUUCUGGCAACCAAACCAUUGUCUCAGCUGGCGGAGUCUUCGAGCUUGGUUUCUUCAGACCGGGAAAUUCCUCCAACUAUUAUAUAGGGACGUGGUACAAGAAGGUCUCCCGGUUCACUCCAGUUUGGGUUGCAAACAGAGAAAAACCAGUCCAUGAUAUAUAUUCUUCGGUUUUGAAAAUCUAUGAUGGUAACUUGGUUCUGUUCAACGAGUCUCGAGUGCCAAUUUGGUCUACAAAUGUAAGCUCCGGCCCAGCCAUCUCGAGUUCAGUAGUAGCAGUGCUUUUAGACGAUGGGAAUCUUGUUUUGCGAGACGGAUUGAAUUCGAUUUCGUCGACGAUACUGUGGCAAAGUUUUGAUCAUCCAACAGACACCUGGCUGCCGGGAAGUAAGCUUAGAUUCAAUAAACGAACCAAUCAAAGCCAACGUAUUAUUUCAUGGAGAAGUCAUGAUGAUCCAGCACCAGGUCUGUUCUCUUUUGAAAUAGAUCCUGCAGAGACUAAUCAAGUCUCUUUAGUAUGGAACAGGUCCCAAUUUUACUGGUUCAGUGGAGCUUGGGAUCCACAGACAAUGAGCUUCAGCUUAGUUCCAGAAAUGAGAAUGGCAUCGCUGUCGAAUUCGACCUACAACUUCAGCUAUUUUUCAGAAGAGAAUGAAAGCUAUUUCCUUUAUUAUUUUUAUAAUUCUUCUACUACAGCUAAACUUUUCAUGGAUGUGUCGGGACAGCUUCAGCAGAUGUCAUGGUUGGAAGAUAUGGAGCAGUGGAUGGUGCAAUUUUCACAACCAAGACAGCAAUGUGGGGUAUAUGCUUUGUGUGGGGCUUUUGGCAGCUGCAAUGAGAUAUCUCUGUCGUUUUGUAAUUGUUUGACUGGCUUUCAGCCGGCUUCUCAACAGAAUUGGAACCAACAGGUUUAUUCUGAUGGUUGUGUAAGGAAAACGAAACUGCGAUGCAGCGAUGCUGGUGUCGAUGUCGGAACCGGGGACCGAUUUUUAGAGAGCCGCAACACAAUUUUCCCUACACAUCCACAGAAUAUGAUGGCUGUUAGCAGCUUGGAAUGCAAGUCAACCUGUCUAAAAAAUUGCUCUUGCACUGCCUAUGCUUUUGAGAACAACCAGUGCUCAAUCUGGAUAGGAGAUCUCUUGAAUCUGCAACAACUUGGACAAGAUGAUACUAUAGGGAAAGUUCUGUAUAUCAAGUUAACCGCUGAUAGUGAAUCUAGUUCCAAAAAUAAGAAGAAGGUGAUUGUAAUUGCGAUUGCGGUUUCAACUGGACUACUCCUUUUAGGCCUUAUGAUGUUCAUAAUCAUGAAACUGAGGAGGAGAACGAUCAUCGGUCCAGAACUCGGAAAAGGUUCACUUGUGGCUUUUGGAUAUAAAGAUUUACAGAAGACAACCAAGAAUUUCUCUGAAAAGAUAGGAAAAGGAGGCUUUGGUUCUGUUUUCAAAGGGACAUUGCCAGAUAGAAGUGUUGUAGCAGUUAAGAAGCUUGAGGGCAUCAACCAGGGAGAGAAACAAUUCCGUACCGAGGUCCGUACAAUCGGAAAGAUCAAUCAUGUUAAUCUAGUUCGUCUUCGUGGAUUCUGCUACGAAGGUUCAAGGAAGUUGUUGGUUUAUGAUUUCAUGCCAAAAGGAUCAUUGGACAGACAUCUUUUCCGUGCCAAAGAUUCAGAACCUCUAGACUGGAAAACAAGAUACCAAAUUGCUCUUGGUGCAGCUAGAGGCUUGGCUUAUCUCCAUGACAAUUGUGUAGACAGUAUCAUUCACUGUGACAUCAAGCCAGAAAACAUUCUUUUAGAUGUCGACAAUUGUCCGAAAUUGUCGGAUUUCGGCCUAGCAAAGCUUCUAGGACGAGAGUUUAGUCGAGUCCUGACGACCAUGAGAGGAACAGUGGGUUAUCUUGCACCAGAAUGGAUUUCAGGAGUUGCUAUAACACCCAAAGCUGAUGUCUACAGCUUCGGGAUGAUGCUUUUGGAACUCGUAUCGGGAAAGAGAAACUUCGAACCAACAAACGAUAAAGAAGGUGGUACGUUCUUCCCAGUUUGGGCUGCUAGACAAGUCACCGAAGGCGUGUGUGUCCUCAAACUCCUAGACAGCAGACUGAAUGGAAAUGCUGAUUUAGAAGAGGUGUCCAGGAUUUGUAAAGUAGCUUGUUGGUGUAUCCAGGAUAAUGAAAUCCAUAGGCCAUCAAUGAGUCAGGUAGUACAGAUCUUGGAAGGAUUUUUCGAUGUAAGCCUGCCCCCGAUGCCGCGAUUUCUUGGAGAAAUUAUCAAUGACCGGAGCACAGAUUUUUCUUCACCGAUUUAACCAUAAGCGUCAGCUCAAUGGCACAGGCCAUCAACCGGUGCAUGUGCAAAUGCAAUCCCCAGCGCAUGCAGUC